GUGGGGCGCCUCGCCUGGCUCUCGCUGUCCCCCUCUGCGCGCCAGGCCGGCCCUCGGCGGGGCGCAGGUUGAGACUUCUUGUCUGGACUUGGGGAAGAGGACAGGAAGUUCUCCUGGGAUGAGAGAGGAAUUUCUGACAUUGAUACAGACAGUGAUGGUUUGGAAAGAACGCAAGUGAGUGACAGCACUCCACCUUUUUCCUGAGGAAAUCCUGGAGCACCAGCACCUUCUUCAUGUCCAGUGGGAUUUAGUGUUCCCCUUUCAGUAACUGCUGGUAGGCCCAGACACAAAGAUGGAGUGUCAGAAAAUUAUCAAUUUUGGAAACCAGCUUAUUCGCCGGAAAAAUGUGGACUGCACUCGAGAAGACAGUCGGCUCUCGCGAUGCCUCAACACAUUUGACUUAGUGGCUCUGGGUGUGGGUAGCACUUUGGGUGCAGGUGUUUAUGUACUGGCUGGAGCUGUGGCACGGGAAAAUGCAGGACCUGCCAUCGUUAUCUCCUUCUUGAUUGCUGCUUUGGCUUCAGUGCUAGCUGGACUCUGCUAUGGAGAAUUUGGUGCUCGAGUUCCUAAGACGGGAUCAGCUUAUCUGUACAGCUACGUGACCGUGGGUGAGCUGUGGGCUUUCAUCACAGGCUGGAAUUUAAUCCUCUCCUAUGUUAUCGGAACCUCAAGUGUGGCCAGAGCUUGGAGUGCGACGUUUGAUGAAAUCAUAGGCCAGCACAUUGAAAAAUUUUGUAAAAAAUAUAUGACGAUGGAAGCUCCCGGAGUGCUAGCAAAAUACCCAGACAUCUUCGCCGUGGUGAUAAUCGUCAUCCUAACAGGGCUUUUAAUUGUUGGCGUGAAGGAAUCUGCCCUGGUGAACAAAGUGUUCACCUGCAUCAACAUCCUCGUUCUUGGCUUCGUCAUGGUCUCUGGCUUCGUGAAAGGGUCUGUUAAAAACUGGCAGCUGACUGAACAGGACAUAUACAACAUCAGCAUUUACGGAGUGAAUCAAACACAGGAAGAAAAGCUCUACGGUGUUGGAGGGUUUAUGCCCUAUGGAUGGAAAGGAGUCCUCUCAGGGGCAGCCACGUGUUUUUAUGCUUUUGUGGGAUUUGACUGUAUUGCUACUACAGGCGAGGAGGUAAAAAACCCUCAGAAGGCCAUUCCUAUUGGCAUUGUGGCAUCUCUGCUCAUCUGCUUCGUGGCUUAUUUUGGCGUGUCAGCUGCCCUGACACUCAUGAUGCCUUACUACAAGCUGGAUACUAAUAGCCCUUUACCCAAUGCCUUUAAAUAUGUGGAUUGGGAUGGAGCCAAUUAUGCAGUGGCUGUCGGUUCCUUGUGUGCGCUUUCUACAAGUCUCCUUGGCUCCAUGUUCCCAAUGCCUCGAAUAAUUUAUGCUAUGGCAGAAGAUGGACUUCUCUUUAAAUUUUUGGCUAGAGUCAAUGAGAAGAGAAAGACUCCGAUAAUUGCAACAGUGUCAUCGGGGGCCGUUGCAGCUCUUAUGGCCUUUCUCUUCGACUUGAAAGAUCUUGUGGAUCUCAUGUCCAUUGGGACACUCCUGGCUUACUCCUUGGUAGCAGCCUGCGUUUUGGUACUAAGGUAUCAGCCAGAGCAGCCUAAUUUGGCAUACCAGAUGGCUAGGACAACAGAGGAGACGGACAACAAUGAGUCUGUGAGCACCAGUGAGUCACAGGCUGGAUUUCUGCCAGAAGAGGAGGAGAAGUGUUCCCUCAAAGCCAUACUGUGUCCCCCAAAUUCAGACCCUUCCAAAUUCUCUGGCUCAGUGGUGAACGUCUCAGCCUUCAUCAUUGGUUUCCUUAUUGUGGGUAGCUGUAUCCUGACUGCCCUUGAGCCAAGCGUACUGAUAAAGACUGUAUGGAUUAUUGCUGCCAUCCUUGUUCUUGUUGUCAGCUUCAUUAUAUGGAAACAGCCUGAAAGCAAAACCAAGCUCUCCUUUAAGGUACCUCUUUUGCCCCUUCUUCCUGUUCUGAGUAUCUUUGUGAAUGUUUACCUCAUGAUGCAGCUAGACAUAGGCACAUGGAUACGGUUUGCAAUCUGGAUGCUCUUAGGCUUUAUCAUCUACUUUUCCUAUGGAAUAUGGCACAGUGUGGAAGCUACCUACGCAGCCUCAGCAGACGCAGAGAGAAACAUAGACGCUGGUUUGGACAGCUGUAAAUGACUGCGUGUUUGCAUACGGGCAACAGGGGAAUGGCUGCAGUGAAGGAAGCUUUGUGGUGGGGAACCAGGUUACAGCUGGUUAAUCAGUAAUGCAGGAAUAAGGAAGCGCGACACGGGACUCCCCAUCCCUGUUGCUGCAGCUUGCAGUUUGCUUGAUAGCACAGUUAAAAGGGAUCACAAGGAAAAAAGCCACACCUCUGGCAUACUCCCAGCGACACUGUCAGCUAAUGUGGGGCUAUGCGCUUCCCUUUUUCCCCUCUCCUGUUUGUUUUUGUUUUUUUCCAGUGCGUAGAAAGAAAACUGCCUCUGUGUGCCAUUUAACCUUAAAUGCUGCUAUGAAACCAGGCCUCAUAAAGGUCCUUCUUUCAGUAGCCCCGGGAAUUGCCUCCCCACAGAUACUCUACCUGAUUAUACAUGGAACAGAUUUUGCAGUGCUACUGUCAAGCUUAGACCUGAUCUGUCCUUCACUUGAUCUGAGCUGUGCCCUACGUGUACGCACAAAAAGGAUGUCACCAAACACCGACUUUCACCUGCUUAAGAAAGCACCUGCAAGACUUGCAUUCUUUAGUGUAUCAGGUCUCAUAGUUCUUGUUCUAUUUGACUUUUUUUUAACUACUUACUCAUAUGCUUUAAACCGCGCCACUGCUGCAAAAUGUUGGGAGGGUUUGUGGUUGCUGCUUGUCAGGUGAAUGGUCAUUUGCCAGCAUGCAGAUAACGCUAGCAGAUGUUUCUGCUGACUUUAUGUGCAGCAGAAGGAUUGCCAGAUGUAGCCAUAGAACUAUUUGGUUUAAGUUCUUGAAUGGAAUGAAAAGAAAAGGUGUCUCCAAAGAGCCGUACUACCUCUUCACCUUGGAAGCCAGGCAUGGCUGCAGUGGUGGAGUGGCUAUCAGAAGUAAGCCUAGGUCUGACAACAACAAGUGUGGCCCCUUUUUCCUCUCCCUGCAUCAGUUUUGUGUGCCAGUCACGUGGUAUUAGCAAAGAAUUCGACCGUGAGUCUUGGUUUGGCAUUGGUGGGUGGACCGUGUUUCUGCCUUAGGAAGGGGAAACACAGGAAGAACCUCAGAGGCUUGAAGUUCACCCUUGAGCAGUGCCUGGUGUCUGCCUCUGCCCAGGGCGGGGCUGUGGCGGUGUGCAGGGGCUUCUCCCUCCCAGUGGUCCCAGUAGAGCGUGCAGCCCAGAAAACAUCUCCAAGCUCCAGGGUCCAGCUUGCUGAGAGGAGUUUUACCUUUGGGGCUGGAGAUCAUCUCCAGAGCCUGGCCGUCAUGCAAGCUGGUAAGUUUGGACAAAACAGCGUCUGUGUUUGGUUGGCAAUGCCUUGGUUUUGCUGUAAGAUGAAAUUUAAAAAAAAAAUAUCUCUAAUUGCUUUCCGCAACCAAAUUCACUACUCUAAAGGGCUUGUUAAAGCAUCGGGAGGUUGGGUCAUGCCCAUGUAAAGCCACUGCUUUAAAUUCAUGCUUCAGCUUGUACUGAAAACCAAAUCAUAACAUCACAGUGUGGUUUGUGUUGGAAGGAACCUUCGAAGAUGACCUAGUUCCAACUCCCUUGCUCAAAGCCUUGUCCUGCUUACUUUAAACACCUCCAGGGAUGGGGCAUCCUGAACAGAUACUGCAGAAAUAGCUUCUCCCAGCCUGAGUGGACACUGUCUUAGGUGUCCUCCAUGCUACUGCCUCUUAACACCAGAAAUCUUUAAUCUGUUUGUCAGCAUGGUUCUCGCUGAUGAAGGGAUGGGCUCUUGUCCUCAUUGUUGAGUUGGAGAGCUGAAGAACAGACUCCCGCGUGACACGACCAGGGUCUAACUGGGCAUCUGGUGUAGCAGAAAGAGGAGCCAGACCAUCUUCUAGAUUACAUGACCAGACAUUGGACUGUGUCUCUCAGGUGUCCAAGAGAGACUUCAUAGCCUUUUUGCCCACUGGGGAGUUUUCAACUUGUCCUCCUUCUAGUACCGUGAGAGCAGGCUCAUCUUACCAGGGCUGGAAUUGGAGUGACCGAAGGCAAUGUGUGCAUGGUCUUCUGGGUGCACUUCAGGAUGUGUUUUGAGUGCACUUCUCCCACAAAAUGAAGUUGGAGUCUGCUCCAGUUGCUGAGUCUUGACCAUCUGCCAAGCCUUUGCUCCUCAUGCAUAUACGAAGUCUUACUUAAGCAGGGAGAGAAGAAUUUAAAAAUUAAAAGCCACUAGAUUGAGGGUCUAUUUUGUUUAAACACAGGCAAGCUCUACACAUUCCUUAGCCUCCCAAAAACACCGAAGAUGUGGUGGGAGGGGAAGAAGAUGUAAACUCAAAGGGGAGCAAAGUUUGCCAUUAUACCAAAAAUGUAAGGAUGUAUUUCCCUAUCUUGGGUACCAGCUUCUGAGCAAUUAAGACAGACAUUGAGCAAUGACCAUCUAGGGGUGAAUUCUGACUGGAAGUGUGUUUCCAAAGAAAGUUAUUUUAAAAUAUGCAGAUUUCUUGCUAUAUUUUUUUUUAUAUAUAUAAAUGUUAACUUAUUUUUAUUGUCUACUUGGGCGUCUGUCCUGGUAUUUAUACUGCAUAACUGUUCCAGAUUUUAUGGCAUAAAAUAGUGGCAUGUAGAAGAAAGGGAAAGCCCUGAUGCAGGUCAUUUUUUCUUCAGUUUCCUUUCCUUUGAGAAGGUUCACGGGAAAACCUUUCUCUGUCAAUAGAUUUGGUAUUUAAAUCUGCCAUUACCUGUACCAGCCUCAGAGUCAUCUGCUGCAGAUUUGCUGGUGGAGGCGAGGAUCAUUAGCCCCAUCUCCCACUUCUUCAACCCAUCUGCUCGGUGGUGGGUGCUGCUGUCUCUUUUGCUGUUUGUUGCUAUUCACCAGAUACACAGAGGUGGAGGGAUCCUACAGCCCUGUGCUGUAACAGGGAAGCUCAGGUGUCUCCAUGGCUCUCUGUCCGCCUGCUUUGCCAUGUCCAGCUGGACCUGGAGACCUCCUGGUCUCCUUUUCAUAUGACAUGACCUGGGGAGUGGCCUGAUGGGGAGGUAGUGAGUUUGACACAGCUGCGUGCUCCUGCCCCAUCCCCUCCAGGCUGCAUUCACCCCUUUCUUUGCGAAAGGCAAAAUUUGCCCCUUUUGAGGACAAUGUUGAGGACUUUGCUGAAUGGAUGUUUUUUUUAUUAUUUUAUUUUCCUUUUUACUGUCUUCUCGGCCUCCCUGCUGAUGUCUGCAUGUAACAUAGAUAAGUCAGAUAUCUUUGAGGACAUGCAACUGCUGCUAUAGCUUUGCUGUUGUAGGCAUAUGCCUUCAUUUUUUUGAGCUUUUCUUUAUGUAAAUAAUUCAGUUUUUAUUUUAUUACGAGGAUAUUUUGUACAAAUGAGCAUUUUGCUGUAUGAGAAUGGAGAAGCAAUGCCUUUGCUUGGUGUGAGAAUAGACCCUUUUCUGCCAAAGCUGAGAGACGUAAUAGAAGUAGCCUGCCUGAUGUUUCAGAACAGGCUCUCGCCUCAAGGACUGACCUUGUUUUCAGCAUGUUUGGUUGCUCCCAGCCCGCUCGCGUGAGAGGAAUCCUCCAGGAAAAGUGUUGGAAGGGCGCUAUCAACUGCCGGUGCACAGCAGGUGGAGGUGCAGCACGGAGGCUGUGGUGUGCAGUUGUAUAGCAAAUCUGGAUACGUAGCCAGCCAGCCUUUCUUAGUGGAAAACUGCUGUCAAAACAGCUUCCCAUCACCAGAUUAAUUGUUUUGUGCAAAAACGACUAGCUUUUGCUUAUUUGUAUACAACUUUCUUUCUUUGGUUGCUGAAAAUCAUCACUGGCUAGGGUGGAGUUCGUUGCUGAUUCGGGCAGUGGGCCCCUGGCUGGGUGUUGGGCAGCUCUGCAGGGUGACCGGGUGUGGGGCUGCCCCCCAGUUCCCUCUGGACAUCACGGGGGCUUCGGUGUCCAAGAACAGGCAAAGUUCUGCUUGUUGAUAGGAGCCGUUUGGGCUUGGCUGGGAAGAGAGGGCUGCAGGGGACCCGGCUAGUGAAAACACUGCCACUGCUGACGUCAUGUGUUGCUGUUUAUUGCCAGGGUUUUGGAAAGGUGAAGUUUCAGCCAGCAGUGCUUGCUGUGAACACUCUCACCCUUUGUCCACCCCAGAGGAAAAUAAACUCUUACUCAUAGUGUAGGGCAGGUGCCCGUCACUGCCCUCUGCCUCCAUUCCUGCUAACUCAGAGAUCAGAAAGCAAUAUGAUAUUUUGUAAAACCUGCUUCUGUAGGGAUUGCGUUUUAUAUACGAAUAAAUUCCAGUGGGAUUUUGUAAGUACCCACCAGAAAGCCACAUACAAGUGAGCAAAGGUGUCAUCUGUACAGAUGAAUGAAGGGUGACAUACAGAUCUGGCAGAUUUGGAGGGGCUCGUCUUGAAGGGGAGGAGGAGGAGAGGUGCUGGUUUUCCUGCAGAAGGCUCCCUGCAGUCCCUCCCCUGCUCUCAGUAGCCUCCUCGUUCGAGGGAAGCCUGUUCCCUCUGGCAGAAAAAGCAUCUCCUUCUAAAACGUUGGAUAACCUUGUGACAUCCACUGGGCCCAACUCUACAGGGCAGUUCCAUUUCUUCCUUCCCCUUACCAAGAAAUUGCUCUUGUUCAAGGCUAAAUCUUACAUGUACACGGUGCAUUGACGCUGCCCUCAUAGCCACCUCCCCUUUCCGUGGGUCCAUCAGCCUGAUCUGGCAUGCUGGUGUGCCUGCAGCCCAAAAGUGAGCUGAAGGCAAGGCUGCCUCACUGUAU